AUGAGUGACAAGAGAAGUCUCUGUCGGCUCAGUUAUCACAGGAAGUUGUCUGUUUCAGAUCUGACCGCUGCUUCUGAACUCUGACCUGGUACCAGUCAGAGCCCAGCUUCCAUCAUGUUGUGUUGGGCGCUGUUAUUGCUCAGUGUGGGGGCCAGCCUGGCCGUAUGUCCCAGAGAUCCUGGGAGUCGAGCAGCUCCACGGACUCCUGGGGACGGAGGCUUCAAGAUUUCAAUCAGCGGAGACCCUGCCAGAUAUGUGUCUCAAUCUGUCUACGUUGUCAGUAUCCGAGGACCACAGCCAUUCCGGAGGUUUACACUUGUCGUUGACUCCAGUCCUAGUGACGGCUCCGAGGCCUCUCCCCAGCGCGUUGGCAGCUAUCAACUGUUUGGGGAUGAUCCUUCAACAACCUUCAACCCGGACUGUAUAAACACUGUAUCUGAGUCCAGGGACAAUCCAAAGUCUGAGGUUCAAGUCAUGUGGACAGCUCCGGCCACGUCUAGUGGAUGUGUCGUCUUACGGGCAAUGGUCUUUGUGGACGAAUACCACUGGUACGCAGAUGAUGGUCAGCUCAGUAGAACUAUUUGUGAGUUGACAGAGCUGACACAAGAGCCUACUGCAGCCGAGGAGUGUUGUGCUUGUGACCAGGCCAAGUACAAGUUUAUAUUUGAGGGACUGUGGUCCAACAUCACCCACCCCAAAGAUUUUCCGUUUAGUUUAUGGCUGACUCACUUCAGUGAUGUGAUCGGAGGUUCCCACGGCCGCAACUUCACGGUCUGGCGAGAAGGAGAUAUCGCCUCCAAUGCUCUACGCCAGCUCGCAGAGUGGGGAUCUGUGCGAGCUAUGGAACAGGAGCUCAGGCUCAAGAGUAGAGGGUUGAAGACAUUGAUCAAGGCUGCUGGGCUCUGGUACCCUAAUGUCAACAGUAACACCUCUUCCAGUUUCCGGGUGGACCGCAGCAAACACUUACUGUCUCUCGUCUCCAUGUUUGGUCCCUCCCCUGAUUGGGUGGUUGGAGUAUCAGGUCUGGACCUUUGCUUGCCCAACUGUACUUGGAUACCCAACAAGGUUAUUGAUCUGUACCCUUAUGAUGCCGGUACUGACAACGGGAUCACAUAUAUGUCACCCAAUUCACCAACAAUGCCACAAGAUCCUAUCCAGAAAAUAACCAGCAUGUACCCAGAGGAUCCGCGGGCCCCAUUUUAUGACCCAACAGGCCAAAAUAUGCUGCCUCUGGCACGUCUCUAUGUAACUCUGGAUCAUCUCAUCCCUCGUUCCUGCAGUGACAAGACUGAGGAUGAGCUGCUGGAAAAGGUCACUGUCAGUGAAAACUCGGAAGAUUCCAAUCGAAAGGAGUGUGGAGUGACAGAGUACUCACCGUGGUCUGUAUGCUCUGUCACAUGUGGAAAGGGCCUGCGUGUCCGGACACGCAGCUAUGUACAGCCUGCAGUGGCACAACAGGCCAAUUGUGACCGCCAGCUGGUUUCCAGAGAGAUGUGUGUCGCUGAGGCUCCUCUCUGCCCAGGGGAUGAGGAAGAGGUGUCUCCAAUUGAUGACGAGUUGUGUGCUGUGAGCGCUUGGGAGCCGUGGUCGGACUGUACAGCGACCUGUGGCGAGGGGCUGAGGAUGCGGACUCGUCACUUUCUUAAGCGCAUGGGCAGCAAGAAAUGUCCUCAUGUCGCAGUCGUAGAGAAGGAGCAGUGUAUAGAGCCUCCUUGUACCUACGAGGAACUUCCUGACCCUGAAUGUCCCACAACAGAGUGGUCAGAAUGGUCACCCUGUAGUGCACGAUGUGGGCCUGGUCAGCGCGCCCGGUCACGCAUACUGCUGGUGGACUCAGAGAACAAGGCCAAGUGUGCGGCUCGCAGGCAACUAGUACAACACCAUCCCUGUACCGGCCGAGUUGACUGUGUCAUCGACAUGGCUACUGCUAAAGCUACCUGUAUGAUGGAUGCUGAGAUAGGUCAGUGUCGGGGCUACUUCCAGAGAUGGUUCUUCAGCACGAUGAAGGCAAUGUGUGUACCGUUUGUGUACAGUGGAUGUCGAGGCAACCGUAACAACUUCCUUACAGAGCAGGACUGCCACCGCACCUGCUCUGCAGUCAGGGAUGCCCUGCUGGAGGGAGAUCGGCCUGCCAAUGUGUCCUUGCCACUUGUGAGAGCGAUCACUGGACCUCCUGUAGACUGCGUAAUGUCACCCUGGUCACAGUUCACCUCCUGCUCUGUCACAUGUGGCACAGGCUUCCGGGAAAAAACUCGAACCGUUUUGGUGGAACCAAAGAACGGUGGCCAAGCUUGUCCUCGCACAGUGACUAGACGCAGGCGUUGUCAUAUCCCUCCAGAGUAUUGCCACUGAGUGGGUCACUUCUCUACUGUCAAUUUUACUGUAUUAAUUUAGCAUGUUCUUUUAGGAAGGAAAAAUUAAAUUCAUUCAAUCAA